UCUCUCACUCUUUCUAAUGGACUAACCAUGCUGCAGAGCUGUAACAGAAUGAGAACCGGGGUCGGGUCGUUGCUGAUAGCUCUCUGUGCAUUAGAUGUCUUCACUGGAGCUAAAGGUACGGUGAACAUACCUUCAAAAGCUCGGACCUUUCCCCAGUGCAAUGGGAGUCAUAGUCAAUGCCCAAAUAAUUCCAGAUGUGAGGAAGCCCCCUCUCUAGGCUAUUACUGCAUCUGCAACUCAGGGUUUUAUAAUAACGUUGAAGAUACUCAUGUUUCUUACCCUAGUGGAUCAUGCACAGACAUCAAUGAAUGUACCCCAAAGAUUACUAAUGCUAAGCCCUGCAAAGAUCCAGCCUUCUGCAUUAACACCAUAGGCAGUUUCCUGUGUAACUGUCCCCCUGGAUUUGUCAAGCAAGAUAUUAACCAAUCAGGACAAGAUGUCAUUUGUGAAGAUGCAACCAAAUGCAAGAAAACAACUGAGUGUCCGGCAAAUUCCAGCUGUUUCAAAAAUAGCUGCUACUGUGAGGCAGGAUUUAGAAACCCAAAAGGAGGCACAAAUAUCAACCGGGAUGAAAACUGUACAGAAAUAGAAGGAUCUUUUCCAAGAACAUCUCCUUCAACCACUGUCAUCACCUCCACUUCCCUCCCAGUCACCAACCCAAUUACCUGCCCUACUGGGUAUGCCAUGAAUACCACAGGAAAGGGCAUGGAGUGCUCAGCUGUUAAAGACUUAUGUGGGACAUAUUUGCAAGAGCAAAACAAAACUCUGAGAUAUUGUAAUCCAAAGGAUCCCCGUUGCAUUCUUCAGCAGUCUACUUACUACCUUUUGGAAUCGACUUGCCAGAAUAACGGAACCAAUUUAGACAUAAAGAACAUCACAAAUUCUGCCUCUGAGAUCCUCAGCAAACCUUCUUGGUCUGCUCUCAGCUCUUCUGAAGUCAGUAUUGUCGUAAAUGGACUCCUGGAGACUGUGGAAUCAUCAAUACUGGAAUCAUUUUCUAAACAUCCCACCAAUAGGAAUUUCAGCACCCCUGAGAUAGAUGUUGCUACCAAGGUUGUCCAAGAAAACUGUUCCUUUCUAACCAUAAAUGUGGGACUCAACAGCAUGCAAGUGUCAUGUGAGCUCCUUCCUAACCCUGAAGAUGGAGCUGUCUUCAUUUCAUACAGGGACCUCAACUCCAUAUUAAGUGGCAGUUUAUUGCUGGAGGUGGAGGGCUCUGAGGAAAAAGGCGCUGUAGUGGUUAAUUCACAGGUGGUCACUGGAAGCAUCACAAGCCAAAAUAAGGAAAAACUGAACCCCCCAGUGACCUUCACCUUGAAUAAUCUGCAGGCCCCAGACCCUUCCAAAAAAUUUUUGUGUGUAUACUGGGAUCAGAGUGGAUGGUCACAGAGAGGAUGCAACAUCACAUCUUCCAAUGUCUCCCACACCCUCUGCUCCUGUGAUCAUCUCUCCACCUUUGCUGUCAUCAUUGCUCCAUGUGAUAUAAAGGAAGAUCAUGGCCUUCUCGUUGUCUCCCGCAUUGGUCUCAGCAUAUCUCUUAUUUGCCUCUUUCUAUCUCUUGUCACGUUUCUCCUGUGCCGUUCCCUAAGGAGCGCUCACACCUCCAUGUUAACAGCACUGUGUGGUUGCCUCUUUGUGGCACAACUGAUCAUCUUGUUUGGCCUACAUCAAACCCAGUUUCGAAUACUCUGCUCUAUCAUUGCGGGUUGUCUCCACUUUAUUCUUCUCUGUGCUUUUUGCUGGAUGACUCUGGAGAGUGUGCUCCUCUUCCUCACUGUGAGAAACCUGAAUGCAAUGAACUACUUGACAUCAAGACAUUCUCACUUCCCAACUGCCUGCCUCAUUGGAUUUGGGGUUCCAGCAGUCAUAGUCGGCAUUUCAGCAGCAGUUCGUACUGAUGGAUAUGGCACAGGGAAAAGUUGUUGGCUCAAUCUAAAUCUCAUUUGGAGUUUCCUUGGUCCAGUUUGUGUGUUCAUCACCAUAAAUACCACGCUCCUGAUUUUAACAAUAUGGCUACUCCGAACGAAGCUAGCGUCUCUGAACAAAAAUGUAUCAAGUCUUAAAAACACCCGGUUACUGACUUUCAAGGCCCUGGCUCAGUUGUUUAUUCUUGGAUCUACUUGGGUCCUUGGCUUCUUCCAGUGUGGAACUGGGGCCAUUGUGGCAUCGUAUCUGUUCACCAUCUGCAACAGUCUUCAGGGAGCGAUCAUCUUCCUUGUACACUGUCUGCUCAAUCGCCAGGUAAGGGAGGAAUAUAGCAAAACUUUCCGUCGGCUGCAUAUUAAGAAGCCAGAAUCAGAGACUGUAUCAGGCAGCACUGUUCCUAUGACCUUGAAAUCAGCAACUGUAUUCCAGGUAGUGAAACCUGUUGCCGUCACAGAACGUCAUUCUGAAAUGGCUCAGACAGAAUGGUGCAAGACUUCAGAUGAUACAAAUCACUAAAACAAGGAACCCGGGGCUGAGUGUAAGCUCCUCAUGGCAAAGACUCAGCAACAGAAACGUUUGCUAUAAAUAAUUGUAAAUAAAUAGAGUAUACCUAUAUGUAAUUUGUGGUUUGUUUGUAAACAUCUAAAGAGCCAGGUUGUUAUUUGUUACACUAACCUUUUUUAUAUGGAAACAAAAGUCACAAGUAAGUUGUUCUUCUGUAAAGAAUCCAGCAAUUUCCAAAAGUUUCAUCAUUCCCUGCUAAAAGAAUAAUCUGCAUAAUUAUACCUGGUCUACACAUUCUGUCCAGCAACUCCCAAUAUUUUCCCUCAAACCCUUUUCAUUUUCCAGCGAGUUCUACCUAUUUUCCGGUCAAUUAUUUUGAACAGUGUAGAAAGUAGGGACAGUUAUAUGGAUAAGAAUAAGACCAACAGAAUACUAGGCAGCUGAAAAAAAUUGAAAUCAACGGAUACACUCUGGGACAGACUUAUUAAAGUUCAAAAGAGUUUUUUCAAGUU